AGGUCACCGGCGCCGAGAAUCGAUUCUCGAGAAUCGGUUCUCUCGUCCCCUGAAACAAAAUAAAGAUCAUCUCAUCAUGAAAAGUCAAAAAGUGAUGGCAUCGAAUGCAACAGUUAAUUCAGAAAGUGAUGUGAACUCUGCUCCGUCUCCCACCGUAUGCCUUCUUCUCUCCGCCGCUAACUCCGCUUGUGGUGCUUUCGCUGGCUCCCUUUUCGGCUACGGUGCUGGAUUGAUCAAGAAGAAAGGCUUUAAAGGAUCCUUUAUUGAAGCAGGGUCUAAUGCUAAGACAUUUGCAAUUUUAUCUGGAGUUGAUAGUUUGGCUGUCUGCAUCUUGGGAAGACUUCGAGGAAAGGAUGAUGCUAUUAAUGCGGGGCUAGCUGGAUGUUGUGCUGGUCUUGCUACAAGUUUUCCUGAUACACCCCUAUCACUUCUACAGAACUGCCUUACUUUGGGGGUUCUUUCUUUUAUCGUUGAAGGGUUAACCAAGCAGAGAUCAGCACUUGCAUACCCCAAGUCCAAGAAAACUGUACACAACAAAGAAUGACUCCUACAUCUCAUAAAGGGUAUAUUGUUUUUUUUUCUUUUGCACCAUUAAGAUAAGGUUAAGGUGUAUAGAAUAUGCACCUUUCUUUUGGCUUCAUUGUAGCUUUAUGGACACUUUUAGAUAUAGGGGUGAGGUACAUUGCAACAAGGGAAUGGCUUGUUUCAAAUAUGGCAUCCUGAGCUUGUCUCCAGGUGCUGAAAUGAUUUGAAUUAGAAAGCAAUGCCCUUUAUUUUUUCUUUUCAAAGAAAAGGUUUUGCCCAUGAUCUGCAGCAGAACUUGGUAGCAACACUUUCUUGAUAUAUAUUAAUAAUGAUUUGAGCCUGUUUA